GUGCUGCUGCUCUCGUCCGAAGAAUCCAAGACGGCGACGGCCAAAGCCAGGAUCGAAAGGCUUUCGAUGCUCGAUGGCGGCAGGAACGUGGCCGUUAUCCUGCUCAUGCCAAACGAUGGCUGCGUGGACGCGCUGGUUAAUCUACAGAUGAGCAUCAUGACGCACGGCAUGUCUUCAAUCCCCAUCAUCCCCAUCUCGUCGGCAUCAGAACUAGCCUCUCGCCUGGACGCCCUACGCCACCAGUUUGCAAACGCAGCAGCGAACCUCUCCCGCACAGGCAGCCGCGCCGACGAAGCCGCAGGCAUGGAGCAGCUGCGCGAUCUCGCAUCCCACUGCGUGCACGGGCAGGCGCUCUCUCGAGAGCAUGUGGACGUCGUGACGGAUCUCUCGGCAGGAUUGGGGAGCUUAGCACAGCUGGUCUUUAGUGCCGAUGGGCAGAGAAGGAUUCGCGAUCUGCUUGGCGAUGCGCAGGGCGGCAGGGUGAUUGCCUUUUUCACCCAUGGCCAUGAGAGCAGUCGCCGGCUGGAUGUCUGGGGUAUUGGAGUUGCGGCGCUCAACGACGGCGCGGUGCAGAGUGUUGGAAGAGGUUCGAUUUCACGGUGA